GCUCAAAUCAUAAAUCUUCCACAAGAUUUCUUUGUAAAUAACCCUAUUGAUUUAGUGGAUUUCGGUAAUCCAGGAAUUCGUAGCAUUGAGUACCAGUUGGUCAUGGCUGAAUAUGUUAUGAAUGUCGAAGACCAGGCCAUAUUGCUUGUACUUGCCCACAUCAAACCUGAAGAAAAGAAAGUUGUAGGAAUGGAGGAUCCAUUCGAUAGUAUAUUUAAAAUCCAAGAUGUAAAUGAAGAAAACGCAAAAGAGUUGGAAAAAGAGCACUCAUCUGAUAUACAAAUGCAAGGUAUAGAUCAUGAGAAAUUAUCGUUAAAUAAACAAUUCGAGAUCGCAAGAGUUGUAAGAUUGGAGAAUCCAUUCGAUAGUAUAUUUGAAAUCCAAGAUGUAAAUGAAGAAAACACAAAAGAGUUGGAAAAAGAGCACUCAUCCGAUAUACAAAUGGUGAAUAAUGAAGUUCCGAGAGAUUAUAAUAUAACAUGUGUUAAUGGAAUUAAAAUUAGAAUAGAUAAUCUACGAAAAGUAAAGAUAAAGGAUGAAAUGAGGAAAAAAAAUAAAAUAAAAGAUUUACUCAUCAUUGAAGAUUUACAAGUAUGGGUUACGAUAAUGGAAAUGAAAUGUUUCGUCUUGAAUAUUGUUGUUCCGGAUUUUGCUUGUUAA